ACUAUGCAGCGGGAGCGCUUGGUAAAGGUGCUCGUUGUAGGGGACUUGGGUGUAGGGAAGACAGCCAUCAUCAGGCGCUAUGUGCACCAGGUUUUCUCUCAUCACUAUCGAGCCACCAUUGGAGUGGACUUUGCGCUGAAAGUGCUGCACUGGGACUCGGGCACAGUCAUCCGCCUCCAGCUGUGGGACAUCGCCGGUCAGGAGCGAUAUGGCAACAUGACUCGUGUGUACUACCGUGAAGCAGUAGGGGCACUGGUGGUCUUCGACAUGACCCGAGCCUCCACUUUCCAAGCUGUACUUAAAUGGAAAGGUGACCUGGAUGCUAAAGUGGCCCUCUGUAAUGGUCACCCAGUGCCAGCUGUCCUGCUGGCGAAUAAGUGUGACCAGCAGAAACAUGGCCUGUGUGCCAAACUACCCAAGCUGGAGAAUUUUUCUAGAGAGCAAGGAUUUCUGGGCUGGUAUGAGACAUCAGCCAAGGAUAACACAAACAUUGACAAAGCCAUCAUGCACCUGGUUGAGCAUAUCAUGGCGAGUGAUGCCGAGAAACCUGCAGUAGACUCAGACCCCAAUCGGGUGAUCCUGCCUACACCUAACCGCAGGCAAUCCAGAUGUUCAGCCUGUUCCACACUGCACACACCUCCCAGAGAGGACGAGCAACUCUAGCAGCAGAGAAAACAGAAAUAUGUAAAUUACAUUUUUGUAAUUAAAUGCUAUUGUUGAUGACUAUUAUUAUUUAUACCAGCAGUUCUUGUUUAUACGUUAAAUGCACCUUUACUAUAGACACGUUCUGAAGAAUUAUGAUGUUUUUUGCAUGUAAAUGGUGUUUGAAUUUUUGAGUCAUGGAAUGACAGUUAAAUGCUUCAAAAGAGGAACUCAUUUUUAUUUUGUACAAUUUUUAGUUUUGCUGAAUUAAGCAACACAGCAGGACUUUUGAGGAAACUGAGGGCAAACCAUUAACACCUCUGUCAAAAAUAAAAUGUCACUAGUAGAAAAUGCUAUCUAAAGCAGCACCAUCCAUCAACCAUUGACUGGGUCUUUUGCACACUAAUAGAGCAGCUUGUGAGCAAAUUGAAUGGAAAAAAAUUAAUAUCUAAUAAAAACGAUUAAUGAAUAUUAUUUA